AUGAAUUCGCCUUUGGAUAACCCGGGUAUCGCUCUUGCGGCUAUUGUUACGAAUCCCAUGAGCUUGGGGUUUAUCCCGGUAGCUGUUCAUUUUGAUCUCUUCACGAUCCUUACGCGGGCUGGAAGACCUAUCACCCCGGAAGAGGUGGCUGAGAUUAGCAAUGCGGAAAUCCGUGAAAGGGCUAAGGGGGAGCCGGAGCUAGGUGUCAAGUUAGCUGAGGAUGUGCUGUACAUCAUGACAGGACUGGGAUUAGUCGACCAGGUAUUCGAUAAUGUCUUCGGUGCGAAUGCCAUCACCAAGCAUUUGGCAGAUUACGCAGGCGCAACACAUGGAGCCCUUCACUUCACCAUCGAGGGGCUCCUCGCCGGAGCAUUCACGUACCCGAAACUAAAAGACACCAACUUCGCCUACCCCUUCGCGGAAGCCGACACCCCAAUGCAAUACGCCCACAAACGCCUCGGAAAUGAAGCCCUCUCCAAAAAGCACACCUACUCCAUCAUGGCUGACGAAGGCCGAAUGGACAGCUUCAACCUGUUCAUGGUGCAAAAGUUCUUCAAAGAACUCAAAGCCCCAGACCGCAUCAAGAACCUCGGCUACGACCUCGACGCCGCCAUAUCCAGCACUCCGCAUGACUCUGUCGCAGUCGUCGACAUCGGCGGCGGCCACGGCCACACCCUCCUAGCCGUCAAAGAAACCUACCCGCACCUCAGCCCCGACAAGCUAAUCGUGCAAGACUUCUACGCCACCGUCGACACAAUUCCAGGCCUGACACUCAUGAAAUACAACUUUAAAGACACCGCCCCGCAACCCGUCCAAGGCGCGCAUAUCUACUGCCUCCAGCACAUCUUGCACAACCAGCCGGACCUCGAAGCGGUCGCUCUCCUACAGAAGACCGCGUCAGCGAUGAAUCAGGACUCGCGGCUGCUGAUUAUCGAAGUCACGAAGAACGCGAAUAACGCAGCUAUGCAUGCGGCUAUGAUUGCGUUUUACGGGGGGAGGGAGCGGAGUAGUGACGAGUGGAAGUUGAUGGCGGCUGUAAGUGGGUUGGUGGUUACGUUUGAGAGUUAUCCGGAGUUUGGGGAGUGUUUGGUGGAGAUGCGGAAGAUUAAGCAGUAA